AUGGCACACCACAUCACCCGUAGCCUGCCGCCUAUUGAGAAGCAGGGGCCCAGCAUUAAGUUUGACCCCUCCGUCUACUCCGUGGGCCCGCUGUGGGAGACGCUCGGCUCGCUCUUCUCUCUCACGUUCCUCGUUGCUCUCGUUAUUGGGAUCGGUGCGCCGCUCCUGACGGGUGUCCUUCCGCCCCACAUCACAGCGUGGGUGGCAGAAAACCGCGCGAAGGUCAUAGCCGGCGGGUUUCUAGCGAACAUAAUUGGUGCGAAGCUCCUCCAGUCCGGCGCCUUUGAGGUGUUUCUCGACGACACGCUCAUCUUUUCGAAGCUGCAGGACGGGAGACUACUGCACGCCGCCGAGCUGGCGAACCUGGUGCUUAAGGCGCUGGCUGAUGCGCCAGCGUAA